GGAACAGGCUGCUUAUUGCCAAACUAUCGCCAAUUGGACACAUUAGCAAUUGAUUGCUGCUGUACGGAGUGCUCCAUUGAGGAAGGCAGUAUCGUGCCAGCAGCGUAAGUAAUGGCUCCUACAGGGGGGCACAUGAUUUGCCUGGAGCUUUAAAAUUGGGGUAGCCUUCCAUCUUCUACACUUCUUUCUUUCUUCUUUCUCAUUUCUCCCAUUCCUACCCAUUCCCUCCCCUCUCCUCGGUCCUCGUCACGAUGAGUCUUAAGAACGAAAAUAAUGGCGGCAGCGAUGCCGCUGACUCCAAAUCGGGUACAGUCGAUUCCACGGCCGGCCGGCAGUUCCCCGUCGAUAACCCAGAGGCCGGGACGACUAAUCCCCUCCAUAAAAAUCUCAAGGGCAGGCACAUGCAGAUGAUUGCCAUGUAAGGAUUUAAUACCAAGUACUCAAUUGUAUACCAACUAAUGGUCGCUUUUCUAAGUGGUGGUGCAAUUGGUGCUGGCCUGUUCAUCGGUUCUGGAACUGCGUUUCAGACUGGUGGACCUGCUUCUGUUUUUCUUGGUUUCCUAAUUGUUGGUGUCAUGGUGUAUGUUCCCUCGACGUGGAAGUCGAAGCAUCUUUCCCUUCAGUUGAUGGAUAUUGACAUAGAUCAUUUAGAUACCUCAUGAUGCAGGCCCUCGCAGAAAUGACUGUCCUGUAUCCGAUCAACGGUGCCUUCACCAUGUACAUCUGCCGCUUCGUUGAUCCCUCCCUCGGGUGGGCGUGCGGCAUCGAGUACGCCAUCAGCUGGCUGACUGUCCUUCCCUUUGAGAUCUCCGCUGCUUGCAACAUGAUCCAUUUCUGGCCAGGUUCGCACGGUAUUAACAACAGUGCUUGGAUCGUCCCGCUACUUGUCGCCUUGGUGGUCAUUCAAUUCUUUGGCGUUAGGGGAUACGGCGAGGUCGAAUUUGCUCUCAGUUUGAUGAAGAUACUCGCCUGCAUAGGCUUUAUCAUCCUGGGAAUAAUAAUCAACUGUGGCGGCGUUCCAACAGACGACAGAGGCUACAUCGGUGGAAGAUACUGGAACGAUCCUUACAGCGCAUUCCUCAAUGGCUUCCACGGCUUCUGCAGCGUCUUCGUCACUGCAGCGUUCGCCUACACUGGCACCGAGCUGACAGGACUGGCUGCUGCGGAAACAACCAAUCCAAGGAAGGAGAUUCCGAGGGCCUCGAAUCAGGUCGCAUGGCGAAUCGGAAUCUUCUACGUCGUCAACCUUCUUCUUGUUGGACUCGUCGUACCGGCAAACAGUCCCCUGUACGGCAGUGCGACUACCGCGUCGCAAGGGUCGCCUUUUGUCAUUGCAAUUGAGCUUGCUGGCAUCAAGGUCCUGCCAUCGAUUUUUAACGCCAUUAUCCUGAUCGCCGUUAUGAGUGUUGCUAACUCGUGCACCUUUGGCUCGACUCGAACGCUUCAGGCUCUCGCUGCGAAUGGAAUGUUCCCAAAGAAAAUGGCCUACGUUGACAAGAAGGGUCGUCCUAUUCCCGUGAUCAUUCUUCAGCUUCUCUUUGGGCUGCUAGCAUUCAUUAACCUGGCGCAUAAUGGUGGUACCAUCUUCAAUUGGCUCCUGUCUCUGUCGGGUCUUACUAUCCUCUUCGUGUACGGUGGCAUCGCUCUGGCUCAUAUCCGCUUCCGCAAGGCCUGGGCCAUGAACGGUCAUACCUUGGACGAGCUUCCCUACAAGGCCAAUUGCGGCGUCUGGGGCUCCUGGAUAUGCUUACUUGUCUGCGUUCUUGCUCUGAUUGCUCAGUUCUACGUCGCGCUUUAUCCUGUUGGCGGUCCUAACCUGGAUGCAACAACCUUUUUCCAGCUCUACCUCGCCGGUCCGCUACUGAUUUUCCUCUACUUACUCUGGAAGGGCUACAGCUGGAUCUAUGAGCCAGCACACCGCCCAUUGUUCAUCAGAACAAAAGACAUUGAUAUCUACACAGGCCUGAGGGAGAUCAGUAGUGUAGGUAUCUCUGCAGAGGACAGACAUGCUAGCAAUGUUGAGUUAGGAGAGGAAAAGCACCAGGGAGGUGCUGGGGCAUAUAUUAAGAAUACUAUCCGAAAUAUUAUUUAAACUUUACAGGAGUAAUAUAGUUAAUAAGUA